CUACAACACAGAGUCGGAGGAACUCACAAACAGGAGAGACACUGUAGGACCGAGUGUCUGAAAGAAAACAACAACAUCUGCAAGACUGAUAUCAACAUGUCAGCUGCUCUUACCACAGGGAGCAGCUCCACUGGAUUCACCACUGCAGCACCGCCCAGUAAAGGCUUCAGUCUUGAUGCUGCUGACAUCGCUGUGGUCGUCAUUUAUUUUAUCUUUGUAAUGGCCGUAGGAAUCUGGUCAUCAGUACGAGCCAAUCGCAGCACUGUAGGGGGCUACUUCUUGGCAGGCCGUUCAAUGACCUGGUGGCCUAUUGGAGCCUCACUGAUGUCAAGUAAUGUCGGCAGUGGUUUGUUCAUUGGUCUAGCUGGAACAGGAGCAGCUGGAGGCAUCGCAGUUGGAGGGUUUGAAUGGAAUGCAGCCUGGGUCCUGGUGGCUCUGGGUUGGAUCUUUAUCCCUGUCUACAUCUCUGCUAGUGUGGUGACCAUGCCUGAAUAUCUGGCCAAACGCUUUGGAGGCCAGAGGAUACGCAUCUACAUGUCUGUCCUCUCACUCAUCCUCUACAUUUUCACCAAAAUAUCUACAGAUAUAUUUUCAGGUGCAUUGUUCAUCCAGGUAUCAAUGGGCUGGGAUCUCUAUGUGUCCACAGCCAUACUGCUGCUGGUCACCGCUGCCUACACUAUAGCAGGUGGUUUGGCAGCAGUGAUCUACACAGAUGCUCUCCAGACUGUGAUCAUGGUUGGGGGAGCAUUUGCAUUAAUGUUCAUUGCAUUCGAAAAAGUCGGCUGGUACGAGGGCCUUGUGGACCGUUACAUGUCAGCUGUUCCCUCAGUGACAGUCGCCAACACCACCUGCCACCUGCCUCGUAGUGAUGCCUUCCACAUGUUCAGAAACCCUGUGACAGCGGACAUACCCUGGCCCGGUCUGGUGUUUGGGCUCACAGUGCUGUCUACAUGGGUGUGGUGCACUGAUCAGGUUAUAGUUCAGAGAUCUCUGUCGGCCAAGUCUUUGUCUCAUGCCAAAGGAGGCAGUGUGUUGGGAGGCUACCUCAAACUUCUGCCCAUGUUCUUCAUCGUGAUGCCAGGCAUGAUCAGCCGAGCAUUGUUCCCAGAUGAGAUAGGUUGUGUGGAUCCAGUGGUGUGUCAGAGCGUGUGUGGAGCUUCAGUAGGUUGCUCCAAUAUCGCCUACCCAAAACUAGUGGUAGAGCUAAUGCCUGUGGGUCUUCGCGGCCUGAUGAUAGCAGUGAUGUUAGCAGCUCUGAUGUCAUCUCUGACCUCCAUAUUCAACAGCAGCUCCACUCUGUUCACACUGGACCUCUACCACAGAGCCAGGCCGAAGGCUACAGAGAUGGAACUCAUGAUUGUUGGAAGAGUGUUCAUCCUGGCCUUGGUGUGUGUCAGUAUUCUGUGGAUUCCAAUCAUCCAAUCAGCAAACAGUGGGCUGCUGUUUGAUUAUAUCCAGUCAGUGACCAGCUGUCUUGCUCCGCCCAUUACAGCUGUAUUCCUUAUGGCUAUCUUCUGGCCACGUGCCAAUGAGCAAGGUGCCUUCUGGGGUCUGAUGGGUGGACUAGUGGUGGGACUGAUCCGCAUGGUUCUGGAGUUCUCCUACAGGCCUCCCUCCUGUGGUCAGCCUGAUCAUCGGCCUGCUAUCCUGGCCGAUGUCCACUACCUGUACUUUGCUCUGAUCCUGCUGGCUCUCACCUGCCUUGUGAUUGCUGCUGUCAGCUUGGCCACUGCCCCAAUACCUAAAGAACAUCUGCACCGGCUGACCUGGUGGUCCAGAUACAGCAAGGAGCCUCGGCUUGACCUCACAGGACCCCCGUUAACUCCAGAGCCAGCGGACUCUGAUCACAGCGGCGAGCCUGAGCGUUCGCCAGAUUCCUGGUGGCGGAGAGCUGCUAUGCGUCUCUGUGGUCUGACUGGUCCCAACACUGGCUCUGCACCGCCAGUGACUGAAACUAAUGAGCUGAACUCCCUACAGGAGAAUCCUUUCUGGAGAAGAUUCUGCAACAUUAAUGCUCUGCUGCUCCUGACUGUUAAUGUUUUCCUCUGGGGAUACAUGGCUUAAUGUAGUCAGGAAAUACUGAACACAAUGUUUUCACUAAUGUUAGACUUGAGUAUUGGCAUUUGGUCAUGAGUUUGAAAUGAAAGCCUUGAUUCAGUGGAUACUGGUUAAACCAGUCAGUUGCUGUGCUGAAUCUGUAUUUGAUGGAACAACAGACAUUUUUAUCUAAUAACUGUUCAUGGUGCACUCUGAUUUAACCACUGACAAGGCCUAUGACUGACUUACUCUGGAAUCACGUUUUAAAAACUGCCCUGUCUGAGCGGCAUUCGAGCACUUAUUCUUACUCGCCUCUCAGAGGUGGGGGAGCCAAAAUAAAUGGAGAAUCAUGGAGAAGAUCAGAAGGGCUGUGUUGUGAACUCAAUGUUGUGCUCAUUCUCAAAUAAUGGAGCCUUUUAGCCCCCUCCACUAAAACUGUAAUCCCUCAUUGCUAUGUGAUUAUUUUAGCUCAUCCAUUGGCCUUAUUUAAAGUUGUAUUCAGGCUAAAAAUAAAUCGGAGUUUGGAUUCGGAUCAGGAAGCAGAUGCACACCAAAACUAAUGAAUGGAUCUUGAUAUCUUUGAGUGUCUGAUAUUUGGUGCAGCUUAUUUUAAGUAAAGGGGACUGUUGGGUCUUGGCAGAAGUACAAACUCUACUUAGUACCACUCUAGUUAUAGUUAUGGAAAACUGAUACAUCUCAGCAUCAAACCUUUGCCAAACAAAUCUCACAAAACAACCUUAAAUUAUAAAAAACUACAAAAUAGGUUUGCAAAAAACAAAUAACAGAAGCAGAUAUGUUAAUAUUGUAAUUUGUCGAUUCAAGUGGCUUCCAUGGCAAUGUCAAAGCUUUUAAGGUGGAUGGGUUAUUGUUCGGAGCUCCUGAUAGUGUCCCUGGCAAAUGGCAUCUAUUUGUUAUGCUGACCUGUCCUUGCACAAAUAUUGUUGAUCUUCCAAUUUAAAUAAACUUUGCAAUGUUUGAUAAAAUCUGA